CAAAUAGACAACAUCUUGACUCAUAUUCUUUCUGCAACAAACCUGUGUUCACAGCCGAAGUUUUACUAAAGCCUUGAAGUGAUUCUUCUUUCCCUAGAGAUGGAUCCUACACUACAAACUAUUGCAGUUCUACUUAUGGCAAGUCUCCCAAUCUAUGUUUAUGCAUAUCCAGAUGGGAAAGUUACAUCUUCCUGUGUCACAAUGACUCCAGUGCAUGGUGUUCAAGCCCAAACUUCCAGCCCACCAUACACUUUAACCCUGGAUAAAUAUACCUAUAGUGCUGGGGAAAAAAUACAAGUCACGCUCAGCAGCAGUGCCACUCAGUUCAAAGGUUUUCUGAUCCAGGCACGUUCUGAAAGUUCUACUACUCCUGUGGGCUCCUUUGUGACCACCAAUUCUAAUACUCAAACCCUGACUUGUACUUCUGCUGCAAGCUCAGUAAGCCACACAUCAAGCACUGCAAAACCCAACAUAGCGGUUACCUGGGUUGCUCCAGCUUCCAGUACUGCAGAUAUUCAAAUCAGGGCAGCCGUUGUUCAAACUGAAUAUGUUUUCUGGACGAAUGUGCUAAGUGCAAAGAUUACCUAUGUUGCCUUUAACAACACCUCCAGUACCACAGUGGAAAAUUCAUCCACUGCCAAGACGCCAGCUGCCUCCAAACCAAGUGUGUCCAACAAUGGAGUCCAACGUACUUGGACCCUUGGAGGACUGCUCUUAUCUUGUGGUGCCGUGAUUGCUUCUUUGUUGGCUUAAUGACAUGUUUCAGAGGCUGAACAAAUCUUCAGAGCAGCGAUCAAUGACUUAUCUGAUUUUCUGAUAAUUAGAUGCAUUAUAAUAGGCUCAGUCUGGAUACAUAUGUUGCCUCUAAAUGAAUUUGUCUUAUAGAAAUAUGAUUAUUAUGAAUAAAUGGAAUAUAUAAGAAGAAUACUACAAGGUGUAUGCCCAGCUGUUCAGCAGGUUACUUAGAAGUCCCACCACCCUCAUGUUUAUACAUGGUUAUAUAAGAAAAAAGUAUGUUUUUGGAUUUAGAAGACGCAU